AUGAAUGCGAAUAUUGUCGCUUCGCGCCUGGCCCCGAUUGCCCCCGCGCCAGUUCGGACACCCUCCGUCGAUCUCCAAAAUGGCUCUGGCCUAGGCCCAGACUUGACCAGAACGAGCUUCAACUGCCAAGCUUGCGUUCGCAAGAAGAUCAAAUGCGACAAGACUGUGCCAACGUGUUCAAGCUGUAGUAAGGCAAGGCUUCAUUGCGUCUACCAGGCUCCCCUACCGCGAAAGAGAAAGCGAAGCCAGUCCGAAGGCCUUCAUGAGCGACUAGCGCGGUACGAGCGCAUCCUACACGACAACAAUCUUCUGCCUACGACCUCUGCAUCGACCCCAUCCGGCGAGAAGACAGAGGCGGUUCAAAUACCGGACUCACCACUCGUCAGCACGGGUAAAUUUCUGGCAGCCGACGGCAAGUCUCGCUAUAUUGACAAUGUUCUCCUUCAUGCUGGAGAGGGCAGCCUGUGUGAAGUAUCCGACUUAGACUCGGAGAACAACCACAACGACGACACCGGAGCUGGUGAGAGCAGCCCGGCUGGAAUUCUUGGCGUUCUCGCAGCACACGCAAUCUCUGGAACCAUACUCGAAAGCAAACUGAGCAUCACUGAGCAACACCCUAACCCUGAGGACGCAACGAAGCUCUGGGAUACAUACGUGCAAAAUGUGGACCCCCUUUGCAAGGUUCUUCAUGUCCCAACUGUUGCAAGAAUGGUCGAUACCGUUUCAAAGCAACCCUCUGUGGCCUCGAACAGCGACGAAUGCCUGCUUUUUGUCAUCUACUAUUUCGCCGUGUUCUCCAUGUCGGACGUUGACUGUCUGCAAGAGUUUAACCAAUCAAGGAGCCAUUUGAUGUCGAAAUAUCAGACCACUUUUUGCCAGGCACUUGUUAACGCGUCGUGGCUAAAAACUACAGCAAUGCCGGUACUACAGGCCUAUACACUAUUCCUCAUUGCCAUGCGCACUCAAAUCGAUCCCGACACAUUUUGGAUUUUGACGGGCAUUGCAGUUCGCCUCGCACAACGCAUGGGGCUCCACCGUGACAGCGAAAAGCUUGGAUUGCCACCCUUCGAGGUUCAGAUGCGACGUCGACUCUUUUGGCAACUGCUUCCGCUGGACGGCUAUGCGGGCCAGGUUUCCGGUACGGGUAUCUCUAUAUCGCCGGAUAGCUGGGAUACUAAGCCACCCUUAAAUAUCAAUGAUGAUCAGAUUUUCCCUGGUAUGACGGAGCCGCCGCUCGAGCGGAGAGGCGCCACAGAAAUGAUAUUUUGCUUGUCUCGGAUCGAACUGUCCAAUUUCUAUACCCGAACUGGCGUCAAAUUAAAAGAAAUGAGUGCCACAGUUCAAUUCAGGGAUGCAGAGGACGUCGAGAGACUCAUUAAUGAGGUCGAGGAUCUCAUCGAGGUUAAAUUUCUUCGAUAUUGCGAUAUUGUGGAACCUUUGCACUUUUUAACCACUGGAAUCGUCCGAUCUGCGACCAAUGCUGUUCGGCUGCGCGCUCGAAUGCCGCUGCUUAUGACGCAAACCAUCACCGAUCCGCAAAGGAGGGAUAUAUGUGCUCUUGCAGCCAGGAUCCUCGACACAACCAGCGCCAUAUACAGAAACCCCAGCAUGCAGAAGUUCCGAUGGCAGAUGCAAGCUUUCUUCUUGUGGGAUGCCCUCCUCUGCAUUCUGCGUAGCCUCACAGAUGUCGGAUUCUACUCAACCUCGGAGCUUAAUACUACAUGGAACAAGGUUGCGGAUGUCUAUUCAAAUCACAAAGAACUUGUCAAGAGCAGAAGAACCCUGCAUGUCACAAUUGGCAAGGUAACUCUCAAGGCCUGGCUUGCAAAUCCACCAAGUCAGUUGUCUCAAGAGCCGGCUUUCAUAACCGCGCUGCGUGCUCAGCACGAACCGAAAGUCAGAAAGCAGCAAGGCAGCAGGGAUGAGGGAGAGGAAACCACCAAGGACGGUGCAUUUAGUUUUGAUGAACUGUUCGGCAACAUUGAUAGGACAAACCUGAAUUUAAAUAGCGGAUUUGAUCCUUCAGACUGGGUCAACUGUGUUGAGGAACCGGUCUGGGAUGAGUGGGCGGCAUUCGCCCCCGGGCUUUGA